GCUUCUUAUUCUCCACUCUGGCCUCCAUUGACGCCAUUGACGAGCUUCGAAGCGAAAGCGCCCUGAAUCGGAGGUGAGAGCUGGGGCAAACGCUCUAUUAUUUUCCCGCAGCGCUGCACUGGUCGUCGGGCACCACCACGGCGGUGCCGCGGUGCCUACCCUCCCUGAUUUCCCGAGUUUGGAAACGCUAACUGAAAUAUAUAGCAUAUGGAGGCAGACACUGGCAUUCCACUGCCAUUAGAUAAGCUGUCAUUUUGGUUCUCACAAUGACUCCAGUAAGCAGAACUUUGUUGUCCUGGUCUCCACGGGAAGUUUCAAUCCUCCCACUUAUAUGCACUUGAGGAUGUUUGAGUUGGCAAAAGAUGCAUUGAGAGAAAGAGGUUAUUUUGUUGUUGGAGGGUACAUGUCACCUGUAAAUGAUUCAUACAAGAAAAAGGGUCUUGCGUCAGCUAUUCAUAGACUGCAGUUAUGUGAGCUGGCAUGUAAAAGCUCCUCAUUUAUAAUGGUAGAUCCAUGGGAGGCUAAGCAAAGGGACUAUCAGCGGACAUUAACUGUUUUGUCUAGAAUACGGAACUUCUUGCAUGAAAGUGGACUAUUUAGCACAGGGUCCCUCAAGGUUAUGCUUUUAUGUGGCUCUGAUCUGCUUGAGUCCUUUAGUGUUCCUGGGGUUUGGAUUCCCGAUCAGCUGAGAGCUAUAUGUAGAGACUUUGGUGUCAUUUGCAUACGCAGAGAAGGGAAGGACAUCGACAAUCUCAUAUCCAACAAUGAGAUACUAAAUGAAAAUAAGAGUAAUAUCAUUGCUGUGGAUGAGAUAGUCCCGAACCAGAUAAGCUCAACACUAGUAAGGGAAUGUAUAAGGAGAGGUCUAUCAGUAAAAUACCUUACUACCGACGAAGUGAUUGGCUACAUCGACGAGCAGAAGCUCUACUUGAAAUCUGAUGAUUCUGAAACUGGUUGAAGUAGCAUGAUCUUCAUUUGAUCUCAAUCAAUAUUGCAAAUUUCAACACAUCCAAAUCAUAUAUUUUUUUGGCGGGAAAUAAUAAAUAAGCAAAUAAAUAAAAUAUACAAUGUUUAAUUUA